AUGGCCAUGUUCUUGGAUGACACAGCCUUAACUCAAAAGCUCAUGCAGGCAGGCACUGGAGCCACCCUGCUCAUCCAUGAAGCCACUACAACUCACAAUCAAGUUGACAUGACAUGUGCCAAGAUGCACAGCACCUUUGGGCAGGCAAUUAAUGGAGCCAAUGGAGCGGUACUAGCACCCCCUAUGAGCCUCCUGGACAUUGGCUGUUUGGAAACCCUCUACCAAGAGUCAAGCGAGCAUGAAACACAGUACAGCCAAUCUCAGCAGUUUGCUGAAUGGAUCAAUACCUAUGGGCCCAUCAUCUCUCUUCGGGUUGGGCCUGGCAGGGUCAUGGUCAUCAUUGGCAGAUAUUAG